AAAAACUGACGGACAAGAAUAAUCUUACGUGUCCAGUUUCGGACCACAACCGCUAACCGUUUCAAUUUCCCUCCAACAAAACCCCUCUCUCCAAAUUCGCCGCAUUUUCUCACACUAAAACGAAUAUCCAUGUCGUCUUCCUCGAUCCCCGCCGUCCAACCGGGCAGGAUACGGGUCCUGAAACAAGCCCCGGAUCCGAAGCCGUCGGGUCCGGUUGUGUACUGGAUGUUCAGGGAUCAACGGCUGAGGGACAACUGGGCUUUGAUCCACGCCGUCCACCAGGCCCACCGUUGGGAUGUGCCCGUCGCCAUAGCUUUCAAUUUGUUCCAUCAAUUCAAGGGCGCGAAAGCUCGGCAUUUAGGGUUUAUGCUCAGAGGCCUCAAGAAAUUGCACUCCGAUCUUCAAUCAACUCUCGACAUACCAUUUUUCUUGUUCCAGGGUGAAGCUGUGGACACUAUUCCGACAUUUCUGAAAGAAUGUGGAGCUUCGCUUUUGGUGACGGACUUCUCACCGUUGCGUGAAGUUCGAAAAUGGAAAGACGAAAUCUGCAACAGUGUGAAUGAAUCAGUAUCUAUUCAUGAAGUUGAUGCGCACAAUGUGGUGCCUCUUUGGGUGGCAUCGGACAAAUUGGAAUACGGCGCCAGGACGAUAAGGGGCAAAAUCAACAAAAAACUUCCCGAAUAUCUAAUCGAUUUUCCUGAUCUCGCUACCCCUCAAAGAAAAUGGGCUUCAUCGAUUAAAACUAUAGAUUGGGAUUACCUCAUUGAUGAUGUUGUAAGGCAAUGUGCAGAAGUUCCGGAACUCGAGUGGUGCGAGCCGGGCGAAGGAGCUGCAUUAGACGUACUAACGGGUGUUAAAAACGGUUUCUUGAAAACGAGAUUGAAGAAUUAUUCUUCGGAGAGGAAUAAUCCGUUGAAACCCAAAUCGCUUUCUGGGCUUUCGCCGUAUUUGCACUUUGGGCAGAUAUCUGCACAGAGAUGUGCUUUGGAGGCACGAAAAGUUCGUAAACUCUAUCCCGAGGCUAUUGAUGGAUUCUUGGAGGAAUUGGUUGUGAGGAGAGAACUCGCUGACAACUUCUGCUUCUACCAGCCGCAUUACGAUUCGAUACAGGGUGCUUGGGAGUGGGCCCGUAAGACUUUGAUGGACCACGCCUCUGAUAAACGUGAACAUUUAUACACGAGAGAGCAGUUGGAGAAAGCGCAAACUGCCGAUCAACUAUGGAAUGCUUCUCAGUUAGAAAUGGUUCAUCACGGAAAAAUGCACGGUUUUAUGAGAAUGUAUUGGGCAAAAAAGAUUCUUGAAUGGACUAAUGGACCGGAGGAAGCUCUUGCAACGUCAAUAUACUUAAACGAUAAGUAUCAUAUAGACGGCAGAGAUCCAAAUGGUUACGUUGGAUGCAUGUGGUCUAUAUGUGGAGUGCAUGACCAGGGGUGGAAAGAGCGACCCGUUUUUGGAAAAAUACGAUACAUGAAUUACGCGGGGUGCAAGAGAAAAUUUGACGUGGAUGGAUAUAUUGCAUACGUAAAGAAGAUGGUCGGUGAAACUAAGAAGAGGAAAGCGGAAACUCUUCUUAACGGCAAAGCUAAAGAACUGCGUAGUUAAUCGUUGGUUGGCUUUUGCUUCUUAAUCUAUAGUCAUUAGUCCCUCCUUAAUCUUUUGAUGUUAGUAAUUAUGAAUCCAUUAACUUAGACGACAUAUUAUCGUGUAAUUUAAAUGUCAGUAACGAAUUCUCUUAACAGCGAUUUCUCUCGAAGGGGAGAGGUUUAAUGGUGUUCGUAGGAUAAUUGUUUUGUAGUAAAUUUGUACCCUUAUGGAACUGGAUUGACUUUGUUGCAAAAUUCAGAUGAUGAAAUGAAAAUUUUGUAAAUUUACGAGC